CAGCCGCGGCCGGAGCGGGCUAGCAGCCUGCGCCGCGGGGACUCCAUGGAGAAGGCGGCAGCGGUGAGCGAGGGCGGCGGCAGCAACAGCAGCAGCCGCAGCAGCAGCCGCCCCACGUCGGCGGGCUCGUCUCCCUCGUCCUCCUCCACCAGCCGCGGGCUGCCGGGCCGGGCGGCGGCCGCGGGGAAGCUGGAUGGAGGCGGAGGCAGCAGCCCCGGCUCGGCGGCGGCCAGUCCGGGGGGCGCGCAGGCGCCCGGCGGCAGGCGGCGGGAGCCCGUGCUGGAAGGGACUCUCAGCAAAUACACCAACCUCCUGCAGGGCUGGCAGAGCAGGUACUUCGUACUGGACUUUGAGACGGGGAUUCUGCAGUAUUUUGUGAAUGAACAAAGUAAAAACCAGAAGCCACGAGGAACCUUGUCUUUAGCUGGAGCUAUCAUAUCACCCAGUGAAGAAGUACCACACAUGUUGGUGGUCUACUCUGCUAAUGGAGAGAUGUAUAAGUUGAGAGCUGCUGAUGCAAAAGAGAAACAAUACUGGAUAACUCAGCUUCGAUCCUGUGCCAAACAUCACAAGGAAGGUAAUUCUAAGAGUAUUUCCUCUUCACGAAGUAGAAGCUCAUCUCUGCUGCCACCUGGGACAGUUAAUUCUGCAUCUCCUAGUGGCCAGAAACAUAUGAAUCAAAGUGGGCCAACUGUUGUAACCAUCACACAUCACAAAUCACCUGCAGCUGCUCGAAGAGCGAAGAGCCAGCGUUCUGGUCAACUUCAUGAAGUCAGAGAGAUCAUGAGCCAAGUUGAGGGUCAACAGAAGAAUCUUGUACAAGCCAUUGAAGCUCUCCCAAGUUCUGGCCCCCUUUCUGCCUUGGAUCAGGACUUGCUGCUUUUAAAAGCUACCUCUGCUGCCACCCUGAGCUGCCUUGGAGAAUGCCUGACUCUGUUACAACAAAGCAUGCAUCAAGUGGGCCAGCAUCACAACAGGACACUGUCAUCAGAAGGUAUCCUGGGAUGGCCUGGGCCAAAGUCACACUCCAUGGAGCAACUGAAAAACGGUGCCCUCAGCUCCUUAUCAUCUGCUAGUGCCAACAUUACAUGGGCAAUAGUACCAUCUGCAUCCCAGGAUGGACAGGCACUACAACCAAAUACAGAGCAUUCAGCCUCUGAGUUGAUCCUGGUUGAAGAUGAAAUAACAGACACUGAAGAUAAUGAAGAGGAGGAUUUAGGUGUCAUGGAUGAUCAACGUAGUGUAAUACUCCAUCUCAUCUCUCAGCUCAAGCUUGGCAUGGACCUUACCAGGGUAGUGCUUCCAACAUUUAUUUUGGAGAAAAGAUCCCUGCUGGAGAUGUAUGCAAAUUUCAUGGCCCAUCCAGACCUGUUUUUGUCAAUUGCAGCUGGAGCCACUCCGGAGGAAAGAAUUAUCUGCUUUGUGGAGUAUUAUCUAACAGCUUUUCACGAAGGCCGAAAGGGAGCUGUUGCCAAGAAGCCUUAUAACCCUAUAAUUGGUGAAACAUUUCAUUGCUCAUGGGAUGUGCCUAAAGAUAAAGUGAAAGCGUUCAGAACUACUGGUGCCUCCACGAUUUCUAAGGACCCAACCAAGGAGCUGGGCCAGGACCAGUCCACGUGCUACAAGCUGAGGUUUGUAGCUGAACAAGUGUCGCAUCAUCCACCGGUGUCUUGCUUUUACUGUGAGUGCAAAGAGAAGAAAAUGUGUGUGAACGCUCACGUGUGGACCAAAAGCAAGUUUAUGGGCAUGUCGAUAGGUGUUUCUAUGGUAGGUGAAGGUGUUCUUUACUUGAUGGAACACGAAGAAGAGUAUGUUUUUACCCUGCCUAGUGCCUAUGCUCGCUCAAUACUUACCAUCCCAUGGGUGGAGCUUGGAGGGAAAGUCAACAUCAGUUGUGCCAGGACAGGAUACUCUGCCACUGUCACGUUCCACACCAAGCCCUUCUACGGAGGGAAGGUCCACAGGGUUACAGCUGAAGUGAAACACAAUCCCACUAACACCAUCGUUUGCAAGGCACAGGGAGAAUGGAACGGUACGCUGGAAUUUACGUACAGCAACGGAGAGACCAAAGUGAUUGACACUAACAAGCUGCCCGUCAUCAGGAAAAAGAUCAGGCCGGUGGCGAAGCAAGGGCCGCUGGAGUCAAGGCGCCUCUGGCAGCAUGUCACCAGUGCUCUGAAGGAGGGCAACAUCGAUGCAGCCACGGAGCACAAGCACUGCCUUGAGGAGAGACAGCGGGCAGAGGAGAGGCAACGUGCGGCUCUUACAACUCCCUGGAAACCAAAAUACUUUGCCAAAGAGGGCGACGGUUGGCUGUACUUGAAUCCUCUCUGGAAGACCCAUUGAUGAGACAGAGCAGUUGCCUCAUUACUCUACCUUAAAAGCAUUAGAAUGAUAAAGUAUGUAACAUGAAGAUGUCAUUGUAUAGAAGAUGCAAGUGGGAAGCUGUGUACUGCAAACGAUGCGUCUCCAAAUAACUGCAAGCUCAACUUUAUUCAGGAGCCAUUUUGUGUGUACAGAUACUCAAACACACAGGCCCAUAUAUUCACACGUCUGUACACACAGCGUGUCUCUGUGUGUGUGUUAUUUACACUACAUGUAAACAAGUAUAAACACCAACAGCGAUUUAAAGACCUUGUCCUUUAAGUGUUAGGGCAUAGAACUCGGGCUGGACUCAGCUGGGGUUCCCCGAGUUGAGUGCUUGCAGGAUCAGGCCCUAUGCUAGUAUUUGAGAAGAUACUUUUUUAUUAGUACUGGUUAAGGUUUUUCUAUUUUUCACUUUUGCCAAAAACGUUUUACACUUAAAAAUGUGACGUGUCAGUUAAGGCAGCCGUUGUGUCCGAGCAGCCACGCGCUUGGACGUAGGAAUGCUACACUGAGCGCACUCCUCGCUCGCUCUUCGGGGGCCGAUGUGAGAGUGUGCUUCCUCUCACGCAGCAGCGGGGAGUGUCUGCCAUCUUACAAGUAGCAAUACCUUCUCAAGAACGUUGUUUGCGCCAACCCCCAGUGUCCUCACUGUUUUGUUUGCUUGUACUCCCAGCGGUUUAAUAGCUCCCAGCUCACCAUCGAGGCGGCUGCAAGCUUGGGGGCAUUUUGAUCUUGCUGUGUCAUGUUCUCUGCCUGCUGCCACUCCUGUGCUUUUGGGUUCCACGUUGCUGAGAAUCCCUGCUGGCAGCUGUAGCUGUGCCCUGCCAGCUCGCUCUGGCCUCUGCUUUGUGCCCUUGUGCAGGAGAGGCCUGCGAAGGGCAGCCACCAUCAGGCCCCGCUGCCAGGCCCGGAGGCGGGUCUCUGCCCUGCGCUCGCCCCCUCACAGCCCUUCACUCUGGUGUUUUGGUUUCUUUCCCUUUUGCCCCAGUUAAUUGCUUCUGGAUUAAAUAUUUUGACAAAUAGAGAUGAUCUAACCAGCCUUUUCAGAUAAGUGAUUUUCUGAUGUAAAAGUAACAAUUCAGUAAAUUAUUACCCUGAGCCAAUAACUUUAUUGAUGAAAAAAACAAAUCGGGGUAUAAUUUGUUUUGUAAAGUAAAUGAUCCUGUAGCUUGGUCUUGCUUUGUGAGGAAAGCACUGUGACACUGAGAAAGUGGAUUCUCAAAGUGCAUUAAGGCUUUGUUGCUUUUUAGUUUGUACCUGUGGAAAACAAAGAUGUUUUUGAGAGAAGUGGCAACAAAAGGCAAACGUGAAAUGUGCCGACUUCUGCUCAGGGCCCCGUCCGAAGCCACAGCAUUUCUGACACAGUAGGAUGGAUGCCCGUCGUGCUGGAGCACUCCUUCAUUUUGUGCCUUUUGUCAGCUUGCUUGAUGCAGCAACGUAGGCUUUAUAGGCAUUACACACAUAUAUUUAGGUCACAGCACUGCUUACAUCUGUCCUUGUGUGUCCUGCGUUUUUUGGGGUGUUUUUUUUAUUAGAUGUUAAAAAUUCCUUGAGCAGCUGAAAAAGGCAAAGUGGAGGUGUGUGCGCAAGGAAACGUGCCAGCAGUUGUUCACUUGGAUAGAACAUUUCACAGAUCUUUACAUUUGAACUUCAGAUCCCUAUUCAAUGAAGGUGUGGCUCCCUUUUCCUCCUAAGUGCUGUUCUGUCUGCUUGUAUAUCCUUUUUAAUUUGCACAUUAGAUUCAUGUUAUAAAUUAUUUAAAUCCUAUUUUAAAAACCAGCUUCGCUUGGGUUUGUAACUUGAGACUUUUUUUUUUUAAGGGAAAAAAAAAUACUCUUAUUUUUAGGAACAGUCGAUGUAUUUCUGUAAGAAAACCAAAAUGAUGCUGUCACAGUAAUCACUAACUCCCACCACCAAGUGUCACCAGGAAAACAUGUACUUUAUCACCUGCAAGAAUUAACUGGAUGAUGGAUCCACUUAGAGGUUAGUCUAGAGGUAACUAGAAGUAUUGAUACAGUUUGUAAUAUCGUCACAGACAGUUAGAAAUGCAGAAUGAGAUAUGUGGAAUGUUCCCUCACUACUUUGACUAUCACACACCAAAGAACAAGCCACACACUCACUAGAAAUAGCCAUUGCAAACCUCUCCCUGCCCUGAGUGCAGGCCUGUGCUCCUGGAAGAGUAGACCUCUUUCAGCUUUGUCGCUGUGACCGUCGAGGCUACAAAGAUGCCGUAGCCAUUCUUUUAAGGAGAAAUUUGAACAAUUUUAUGCUUGUAAUUGACUGAAGACUUUUUCUGUCUGCAUGGUUGGUUGUUUCUGCAUGCCGAGAACAUUCCACUUGUGCCCCAGUCAGUGGUUUGGUUUGUUCUGAUGCUGUGAAGAAUCCCCUGAUGCCAUCACUGCUGUUUCUUUUCUAAAGUGACUGGGGAGAGGCAAACGUAAAAACAGUCCUUUCUGCAACCAUCCCAUCAGCGAGAGAUUCCAGGACAAGAUCCACAAGUGUCAGUUUAUUUUUCUGGUAGUUAUGUGUUUGGUAUAUUUUACAGGACUGAAAGUACAUAUUCCUAAGCCUUAUUCUGUAGGUUGUUCUAAUAGCUGUCUUGGACUUGCAAGUAAAUAUUUUCCUUUUCAGGUAGCCAAUGUACACUCUGCAUUGUAAUGUAAAAACCUCCAUGUACUUCAAAUUGGUUUUGUGCACACCUGUAGAAAGCCUAUGCAACCUUUUUCUUUCUUAAAUUGGAAAUGUUCACAAGGAAAAUUUAUACCUUUAUCAUUUAAAAGAUGCUCUGGCGGACUCUUCUGAUUUGCCAUCCUUUCAUAAUUUGUGACUUUAACAUGACAAUGCUCAUGAAUAAAAAGAUUUGUUUCA